AUGAGUAACAUAAACGACUCAAAGAAAAAAAAUGCUUCAACUGAAAGGCAUAGUAGCGCUAAGAAGGGGAAUGACACCAAAAGCGGUAGUAAGAAAUCGUCCGGGGGGACGGGGUCAGCCGAAGCGAAGAAUAAGUGGAGUCUCACCGUGCGCGCUCAAGUAGCGGAAAGCGCAGCAGUUCCUGCGCAGGGAGAAGCGGAAACGGCAACACGGUCGGAGGACAAAAAGGACGCAAAGGGGAGCGCAAAGGGGAACAGAAAAGACGUAAAGGGGAGCGAAAAGGAGAACAGAAAAGACGCAAAGGGAAACCCAAAGGAUGCGAAGGGAAACGCAAAGGAUGCGAAGGGAAACGCAAAAGAUGCGAAGGAAAGUGCAAAGGAUGCGAAGGAAAAUGCAAAGGAUGCGAAGGAAAAUGCAAAAGAAGCGAAGGAAAAUGCAAAGGAUGCAAAGGAUGCGAAGGGAAACCCUAAAGUCGUAAAAACAAUCGCGAAAGACACAAGGCUAAACGCUAAGGACUCAAAGCAAAAUGCGAAGGACCCAAAGCAAAAAUGCCCCUAUGAAAUUGUCGCCCCCGAAAAAGAACGACUCAAGGGAAGUAGCAAGUGCAGAAUCUAG